GUAUCCACUAUGACCACUCCACAUAUUAUACUGAUCUACGAUUUUGCGUAGAAUUUUGCGCUGUGUUACGCCUUCACAACGGCAUUGUCGUGUUUCAAAUGCAGCAAUUUCUCUAGCUAGUUAUUGUGGAAAUUCAGACUAACUGGAUGAUGUUAUCCAUAAUGUUAGUGAUUUAGCAUUUCUUUAAUCAUUCUGCAAAUACAUAUAUAGCAACAUACACGUAGUCAGAACUAGCGCAAGCUGUAAACACACUCAUCUCCACAUAACGUUAACGCAUAACAGUAGUUGAUCUCUAGCUGGUUAGCUAGCCUAGCUAUGUCUCGGUUCAAAAGAGACGGCAAAAUUGAUUCUAGGGCUGGAUUUAAAACGCAAAUACAAGAAUCCCCAGUACCCCGUGGAUUAUUAAAUGCAGCAAGAAAGAGUGGUCAACUAAAUCUCACCGGGCGAGGUUUAACUGUAGUGCCAGAGAGCGUAUGGAGGCUGAAUGUAGACACACCAGAGGAAGCGCAGCAGAACCUAUCUUUUGGAGGCAGCGACCGCUGGUGGGAGCAGACGGAUCUAACCAAGUUGCUGCUGUCUUCAAACAAGUUGAAUAGUCUGUCCGAAGAUAUCAGACUUUUUCCUGCUCUUGUUGUUUUAGAUGUCCAUGACAAUCAACUUACUACUCUACCAAAAUCAAUUGGAGAGCUGGAAAACCUUCAAAAACUCAAUCUGAGCCAUAAUAAACUGAAGGAGCUACCUGAGGAGGUAUGGCUUCUGAAGAACCUCCGAAGUUUGCAGCUACAGCAGAAUCUACUGGAAGAACUUUCAGAUGGAAUGGGUCAGCUGACAAAUUUGGAUGAUAUUGAUCUUUCCAACAAUGAGAUGACAACUCUCCCUGAAAGGUUGGGCAAUCUGACUAACCUUGUGAAGCUCAACGUGUCUUACAACAAGCUAAAGAGCCUUCCCCUUGGAAUCAGUGGCUUGAAAAGGUUGAAGCUGCUGGACUGCACCCAGAAUCAGCUGGAAAGUGUUCCUCCUGUCUUGGCUAACAUGGCCUCCCUGGAACAGCUUUACUUGCGGCACAACAAAUUGUGCUGUCUCCCUGAGUUACCAUCCUGCCAAACCCUCAAGGAGCUCCACCUUGGAAACAAUCAGAUUGAGGUUCUGGGGGCAGAACACCUGAAUCACCUCAGUGCCCUGAGUAUCCUGGAGCUGAGAGACAAUAAGGUGAAGAACCUGCCUGAUGAAAUCAACCUACUCCAAGACUUGGAGCGUCUUGAUCUAGCCAACAAUGACAUAAGCAGCCUGCCAUGUGCCCUGGGCAAGAUGCCCAAGCUGAAGAUCCUGUCCCUGGAAGGCAAUCCUCUGAGAGCAAUCCGCAGGGACCUCCUUACGAAAGGCACCAAUGAACUUCUGAAAUAUUUGAGGAGCCGCAUUGAAGAGGAUCUCUCCAAAGAUGCUCCCAAAACUGCGAUGACUCUUCCAAGUCAAGCCAAGAUCAACGUACAUGCGAUUAGGACCCUGAAGGCCUUAAACUACAGCGAGAAACAGGAAGCAUCCAUCCCUGAUGAGGUGUUUGACAUGGUUGACGGUAGUGCCAUUACCUCUGUGAACUUCAGCAAGAACCUUCUGACUGCACUGCCACCCAGGAUUGCGGAGCUGAAGGACACCCUCACUGACAUCAACUUGGGUUUCAACAAGCUGACCAGCAUCCCAGCAGAUUUCUGUGUUCUGAAGUGGCUGGUUCAGAUUGACCUGAGGAACAAUCUUUUGACAUCACUGCCUUUGGAACUUGAGGCCUUGACAAACCUACGGACCAUCAUACUGUCUUUCAACAGGUUUAAGGUAUUUCCAGAUGUGCUGUACAGGCUUUACAGCCUUGAAGCCAUUUUAAUGUGCAGCAACCAGGUGGGCAGCAUCGACGCAGCCCAGCUAAAGGGGCUGGAAAAGUUGUCCUCUCUGGACCUGCAGAACAAUGACAUCAUGCAGGUGCCCCCGGAGCUGGGCAACUGCACCAGCCUGAGGGCCCUCAUGCUUGAUGGAAACCCUUUCCGCAAUCCUAGGGCGGCCAUCUUGGCCAAAGGAACUGACGCCGUGCUUGAAUACCUCCGAAGUAGAAUUCCUACUUAAUCAAAGCGCUAGAGAACACCAAACGUUUGGUCAACUAACAAAUGCCACAGCACUUAGUCUAAAUAUAAUCUGAAAAACUUUCUCACGUGACGUGUGGGUUGGGUGGUUUUGAUUCACUGUGAUUUAAAUGUAUCAGAAUACUGUCAUUGCUACACAGGAUGCUCAUGUUGAUUUUGUCAACUCACAAUAUUUUUUGGAUAAAAAUGUAAGUGGUACAUUAAAUUGUUAAGUAUCUUGAAAAGCUGUGCCCAAGUACAAGCUUCACAUAUCACUCAAUACUUUCAACAUGUACAGGCUGCACUUGGUCUAAAGGUGUUGGGACCAAGUCACCAAGACUUCUGACAGCUCUUAUUUUAUAAUGUCAAAACUGUUUUUCUAAUCUAUUAUUUCUGUGACAGUGAGCAGGUGGGCCAUCUUGUGACACAAGCAAAAUAUUUUGAUAGUUUUGUUAUAUGUAUUAGUUAGGUGGAUCGCAUGCUUUUCUACUUUGGUUCCCCACUGUGCAGAACUGAUGACAUUCCACCUCAAUAAUCGAAUAAUCUGCCAUAUCAGCAAUCAGAUCUGAUCUGGAAUAAUUUGGAGUAAAUCAAAGCAGCAAUUUCCUUUCAGGAGUGAAAUUGGUACCAAAGGUAGUUGAAUCUGAAAUUAGCACAAUUUUAUUUUGUGCUAUACAAUUUGUGUUGCCCAACUUGGGGGUUGCACCAAUUAAGUGUAAUUAAUGUUUUAAUUUUCACUUUAUCAUCUUUAUUUGAUACAUUUGAAGUUUUAAAGUUCAAAUGCAUGUCAAACUUGUAUUGUUUUUCACAUUCAAAACUGCAGUGGCUUUUAUGAAUCAAAUGUGCAACUCAGGGGUUGUUAUUAAAGUUUAAGUUAUUAAACUGUAAGUGCUAGUUUAAAAAUGAAACUUUAUUUUCAUCUUAUACACCCGGUCAAAUCAAGUAUUUAAAUUAAAUUUCAGAUUCAAAUGUCUGGGUACUUCUGUCCAGGAUAAUUGAACCUUUCUCCCACCCAUCACUCAGUAGAAGUACUUGUAUACUGUCAUAAUAAGGAGUAUUUUUUGGUCCUACAUUUUCUAAUUAGGAGCUUUCAUUAUAUUAUUUAUACAUUCAUAAAUGAUCGUCUAAAAAAUCAUCUUUUAACUUGGAAAAUAUGAACUGAAGAAAAUUGUCAUGAUAUAUGAAUACAAAGUCUCACCUUGUGCAAUAAAAAUUAAAUUGGUGAAAUUUAGAGUCCUCUACUUUUGGCACAGAUUUCACUCUAUAAAGUAUGCUAAUUUUAUACUGGCAAUCCAUUCUCAUGGACAACCUUUACUGGCUCCCCAUCAUUUUGUACUUUUACAGUUUUUUUUCUACAAAUGGUGUUGCAUUGAUUUCUACUGAGCUGUGAUUUACUACUUGUUAUUAUACAAUAUAUUAAUAUAGAACACUAUUGUGGCACUUUUUCUAACUGUUCAGCUUUACCAGCCACUUCUGACCAUGAGUCAUUUUUUAUAUGCUUGUGUUAGAGCACAACAAUGGCUUGAAUUUUAAUGUACCACUUUCAUGAACACAAAAACACUUGUGAAAGCAUGCCAACUAAUAGUGCCAAAAUGCACUGUGAUUUUCUGUACCAGUUGCAGUUAGUACACACUGGUAUCUGUUAGUUGAUCGGGGAAUGUUUGAACACGACAUGAUCUAGGAUGUCAACAUAUGACACCAAUAAAGAUUGAUCAGAUUUCAAAUCGCA